UCUUCUUCUUUCUUCCCGCUGCAGCCCGAAAUCCCCCCUCCAAGCCGCCGGCACCAGCUUUGAAAAAUUGGUGAGAAAGCUUGGAAUUUCUCCUUCUUUCUUGUCCAAGAACCUGAUUUGGAACCCAGAAAUCUUCCCCCCUUGCUGGAAAUUCCAGAUCUGCCUUGCUCUGCUUGUCUUCACCGCCGGCUGCUAUGUGGGUGGGUGAUUUCUAGGCAUUUUUUGGCUUGCCGCUGGCCUCUUCCCCCCUGCAGCUCCGGUUUCUACAGCUGGAGAAUUAUGGUUCCUGAUCGUUCUGUCAGUUAGCACUGAGAUUGAGUGCUCGGUUUUAUGCGAGUGAGCCUGUUUUGUCCCCGAUGUGGUCGUGUUAUUACUGACCCUGCUAGUGGGGGUUAAACGCUAGCACAUGUCGACAUGUUAUUGAUAGGACCAGUUCGUUCGACUGACCCUGCUAGUGGGGGUUAUACACCAGCAAAUACUGACCCUGCUAGUGGGGGUUAUACACCAGCAAAUACUGUAGCCUGCCAGUGGGAGGUUUAAACACUGGCCGUGACCUAUAGAGGAGACGUCUAUUUCGUUCCCGCACUGUAACCGUUUUUCGUGAUUACACUUGUUGGCAUGCUAUACGUUUAAUUAAGGGCAAUCCAUAUUUUACUUACUGAGUUUAUCUCAUAGUUUUUCCUUGUCCACCAUUUCAGGAAGUGAAACCGAGGACGGGGAAACCACGGGAAGUGACGAGUUAGAAAGCUAGCCAUUUCGAGAUUGAUAUAGAUUUUAGAAAUAAAUCAUGAUUUGGUAAACUCGAGUGUAUUGGAGAUUUUGAUGGUAUCAGAGCAGAUUUUAAAGAUUUGAUCUUCAGAUUUUGGUGGUAUCAGAGUACAUUAUGAUAAGUUCCGAGCCUUGUGCAUUUGUGGGACUCGUCUCACGAGUGCACGGCGUCUGCCACGUCCCCAGAUUUGGGUUCUGGGGCGUGACACAAAUAGGGAGAAUCAAUGUGUUGUCAGGUUCGGAAAAUCACAUAGAAGUAUGCAAAGGAAUGUGAAGAUUUCUCCAUUAUAAGUUAGUAUGAGGUCUGAACCAUGAGGCCAUGUGCAAAGACUGUAAUAAAAACUAACCAUAUAA